CCUCUUUGGCAACCGUGGAUGACCUCUUGUGUCGCUCGAACUACCUCGCACGCAGAUAAAUGUAUAGGUGCGAGCCCAUGUCACUCUUAGUAACGUUACCAACUGAAGAGCUGUCCAGUACUCCAGCUAUUGUUCAAGGAUAUUUUUCGGUGGUCAUUGUGAAUACUUCUGUGAUCCUCGUUAUUAAGUUAUCGGCAAUAAAAUUCGGGUGUAUGGAGGUGUGAGGUGGUAGUUCGCAGAUUUUUUUUUUACAUUAUUCGGACGAUAUGGAGGUGCUACAACGACCGGUACGCGUCGUCGUUUUGGGACAGAGUACUUGGAUAUGUAUUCGUGGAUUUAUUGUCUUUAUCUCACUGCUGAAUCUAGUCUCCUGCCAAUUAGACCUCCCUCCCCUCGGUAACGAUCGUUUUAAUGAUAAUUACAAUAGCAAUCAACAAGAAUACGACAGAAACCAACAAGAUUUCAAUAGAAAUCCACAAGAUUAUAAUCGAAAUCAACAGAACUUCAACAGAAAUCCACAGGAUUAUGAUAGAAAUCCAGGGAAUUUUGGUAGGAGACCUCUUGACGCUGAUUGGCGACAGAUUUUGGCUAAAUUGGACUUCCAGGGAGCUGAGAGAUGCAGUGCUAAUGUCGCUGCUCAGUGGGAAUACGAGACAAAUGUCAACGAAUACACCCAACUCCAAGCGCUGGAGUCGCAACGACUGUACGCAGAGUUCCAGAAUCACGCUUGGCAUCUUCUGUCUAAAUUGGAUCCAACGAACCAGCGAGAUCCCUUCCUCAGGCGACGUCUCAGGUACUUGUCUGUGGUGGGUCCCGCAGCCCUGCCCCCUGAUCAGUUGGACAGAUACAAUCGGAUCAUUAAUGAUAUGCUGGCAAUUUAUAACUCUGCUACGAUCUGCGCCUAUAAUGAUCCAUUCAGGUGUGGACUGAGAUUGUAUCCAGAAAUCUCAAAAAUAAUGGCGAAGAGCAGAGACUGGGACGAGCUCCAGUGGGUGUGGAUGGAGUGGCGGACGAAAAGUGGACGGCCAAUUCGAGAUUUAUAUCAACAGCUCGUCAAAUUGAAUAACGACGCAGCUAGGCUCAAUAAUUUCACUGACGCCGCUGAGUACUGGAUGUUCCCCUAUGAGACGAUAAACUUUCAGGCAGAAGUUGAGGAAGUGUGGAAUAGUAUAAGACCACUGUAUGAGGAACUGCAUGCAUACAUCAGGAAGAAGCUGAGGGAUUUGUAUGGGCCAGAGAAGAUCGGGAGACACACUCCACUUCCUGCUCAUAUCCUUGGUAAUGUUUGGGGUCAAUCCUGGACAAACCUCCUGGAUAUAACCACUCCAUACCCUGGAAAAUAUUACAUGGACGUCUCUGAGGAAAUGUUGGCACAGGGAUAUACACCCAUAGACAUGUUCCGGGUUGCCGAAGAAUUUUACCUCUCACUCAAUCUCAGUGCACUGCCGCCAGAGUUCUGGGCCGGAAGUAUUAUUGCUGAUCCAGGGGAUCGACCAUUAAUCUGUCAGGCUUCCGCAUGGGAUUUUUGUAACCGGAUUGAUUACAGAAUAAAAAUGUGCACGAAGGUAACAAUGAAGGACUUAAUAACAGUUCACCACGAAAUGGCGCACAUUCAGUACUUCCUUCGAUACAGCCACUUGCCUCGUGAAUUUCGAGACGGUGCCAAUCCAGGUUUUCACGAAGCCGUUGGAGAAGCCAUUGCCCUCAGUGUGGGCACACCCAAGCAUUUACAAACCCUGGGCUUAGCUGUUAAAUACAUUGACGAUCCAGAACCCGAUAUCAAUUAUUUGUUCUCCCUGGCAAUGGAGAAACUGCCAUUACUACCCUUUAGCAUAGCUGUGGACCGAUGGAGAUGGGAUAUUUUCCGGGGAGCAGUCAAUCGAGAGGAGUAUAAUUGUCAUUGGCAUAGACUGAUGGAAAUUUAUGCUGGUGUAAAACCACCUGUUCUACGUACAGAGGACGAUUUUGAUCCUGGAGCGAAGUACCACGUGCCUGCCAAUGUACCCUACAUUCGAAAUUUUGUCGCCGGUGUUCUUCAAUUUCAACUGUAUCGAGGUCUCUGUCAAGCUGGUCAACGAUUUAUCAAUGAUCCCCGCAGGCCCCUGCACAAGUGUGACUUCUACAGAAGUCCUGAGGCUGGGGCUGUACUCGGAAGAUUGAUGGAGAAAGGAUCGUCGCGACCAUGGCAGGAUAUACUCCAGGAGUCUAUCGGUGAGUUCCGACUGGACGGAAAUGCAGUGCGCGAGUAUUUCAGGCCCCUCGAGGAAUGGCUGAGAACGGAAAACCUGAGAUCCGGUGAAAUAGUCGGUUGGUCAUACGACGGUGACUACUGCAAGCGAAGCAUUGAGACGGCUGGACUCCAGGUGUAUGGAAGUGGUUUCUACUACAAUUCAGCCAACUCCUGGGGCAUAUCAAGCGUCACUGCCAUUCUCCUCCUUCUCUCGAUUGUGUUUGUAUUCUGAAGCCAGCGUUUCGUGUUUUAAAAGGCACAAAAAAAAUCAGACAUUCAUUCUUUUCGAUGAUUUCUAUUCACCCUGUCCUCGAUAUUUGUCAUUAAUUCGUGACCGAGUGAUGCUACCCAUACGAAAUAAAAAUCCAUUUAAGGAAUUGAACGAUUAAUGGUACGUGGGCACGUGCCAAUGGUACCACUGAUCCUGUGUCGUGGUAAUGGCUUUGAUAUCUCCAAUUUCUUUAAAAAAAAAAACAUUUUUUUCAACUUUCCCAAAACCUCAUAUCCGCAAGUUUCUCGACAAUGUAAAACAUGUAACGAUGCGCAACGUUUCACAUAAACUGGUUCGUCCAAGAGAAGUUACGCAAUUGAGGUAGACCAGUAACGUCCUCACUGGAACUCUCAAUUCACUUUUAUUUUUUUUUACGGAACACUUUCCGCGAAACCUCACGACGCGAAACAAUGAACAGGCUAUAUCCCUCGAGAGUCCGUCUUUCUUUGGAUUUUUUAAACAUUUUUUUCCAACUUUCUCCGUUUAAUGUACGGUGUCGUGAAAAUUUAAGGGGGAAAUGUGCUAAUGGCUGAGAGGUAAUUCAAGCUUUUUGGAAAAUCUCUGAGGGGAUCAAGUGGUAGGGGAGAUAGUCCGAAAAUAGGAUAAUAAUUUUGCUGUAGUGGCUUUGGGUGACAACGAUUUGGAGGUGGGAAAAGGAGAUGUCGGAGAUAUUGAUUGGAGAGGAUGGAAAUUUUUGGAAGCAGAUCUUUAUUUUUUUUAGAAUUUUUUUAGAACUUCUUAUGUAGAAGAUAUUUCAAUUGAUUCCUGCAUACUAGUUUCUGUAGAAUUACCUUGGACAACUAAUUUGUAGAGCUUCCGCUGUGUGAAGAACAUUAUUAGUUGAGGAAUUUAUAUUUUUAAAAUAUUUGCAAAAUAAAUUGCAUUAUUGUUAAGGUGAAAAUAUUUUUCAAAUGAAAAGAGUCGAGUGGAAUUCGAAGAAAUUCCUCCUGCGACUCAUAGAACUUCUUACAGAAACAAUUUAUCUUCACUUCGAAAAUACUAAAAAAUACAUGCGUAGAAUUUAGAGGAAGUAAAUACACUUCCCUUUUUUUCUCUAAACCGAUUCAUUUCUAAGAUAUAGUGACCCUAUUUCUUUUCAUCACGUCAUCACUUAUUUGAUGGUGCACUCAAUAAAGCUAUAAUCACUCGUAUAUUAGGAACAUGAAAAAUCUCAUUCCGUGGACUUAAUUAAUUUUCAAGAAUAUUUGAACGCUAGCACCAGACUCUCUCCCUCUAAUAUAUUAAUUUUUUAUCAAAUAUGUAUUUUAUAAUUUGCAAGAAUCAGUAACUCAAUUACUUUUAUUACCCUGAAAUUAUCCCACACAGACCGUUGAUAAUUAAUGUGUAAAUUGAAAUGUUCAACGGCGUAUCAGAUCCGACUCUUCUGUAAAUUGUGGUUUUAAUGUUUCAUAAUGUUUUGCACAAAAUUAUUAUGUCACUAGAAUACUAUCAACUGCCUCCUAUGAUCACACACUAAUGGAUCUGUAACAUGCAAUUUUGCGGAUGAUAGGAGAGGCAUUGUAAUCACAUAUUGGAGAAAUGUGCAUUGUAUAUAGGAAAGAAAAAAAUGUCAGUAGUGAAUAAAUACAUAGAGAAACUUUUGCAAAUAUUUAUGUAAUAAAUAAAUCAUCGGAAUUUGCAGACACACUAUUUUCCUUUCAAUACGUUGGAUAAUUUCAUUUUCUCAAUAGCCUUUAACUGCAUAUAAAAUAUCAAAUGAAAUCAAUAAUUUAUGUGGAAUGUAUAUAAUUGAGGGUUACCAUUCCCUGUGUAUUUUUUGUAUCACUUAAGAUUAAUAUUAAGACUGUUUACUCACUCAAUCUCUCUAUCUAGUUAAUGAAAGAACAGAAAUAUUGACCUUGUCAUUCCCGAGCAAAACGGACUCUCAUGGUGUUUUUUAUUGUAAUUAUUGUACGUUAAUAAAUUAUGUAACAAAGAAAAAA